AAGAUGGCAGACUUUACACAUUAUAUAUUCGUGGUAUUGCUUUUUUGCACUGUUUUCCGCACGUGUAAUGCGCAGGCAGUGAAUGCGUGUCCGAGUUACGCGUGUAACCCACGCGGAUCAUUUUCUUACUCUCUAAAGUAUCCAAACUCGUCACAGAAUGCUUAUAUCGCCUGGAAGAGCAACUUUCCCAUUGGUCCUCUGCCGAACACUCUGGGCUGUGUAGGUAAUCCAAACAACAUCGUCUGUCAGUCCAAUGGAGUCAAGGAUGUGGGUUACAUCAGUCUGGACGUGGGGACAGGGUCCCUGGCCUGGGCCAGUAGUCUACUCCGAUUCCCUGUCCUUCCCAUCAUGGACAUCUUCGGUGACGUCAUAGGUACUGACGGCCAUUAUCUCGUCAUGAUCGACGACAGCGGUAAAAUGCUGUCACCAAUUAAAAUAGCGGACGUCCUCUUUCCCAUGUACAGUCUUCUGAUAUCUGCCAAUAGCUUGAUCCUACUGGUUUCCAGGAGCGGAGCUGUCAUCGUGUACGAAACAGAGGGUAUACCCGAAGCCUCGAUCUGGUUGACUGGGACAGUGCAGCAAACAAAUGGAACUUUCCUCCCAGUUGCGCCGCCGAUUUUGCACGAAAAUAGAUGUUACGUACUCACGGAAUUUAAACCGGACGAGGGAAGCCCUGGCGCUAAUGACCCAUCAAUCCUAGGUUUACAGCGACUGUAUGCAAUAGACAUGUACCAGCGAAUGGUAGACCGUUUACAUAUCACGUGGUACUUCAACUUUGAACGUGAAACCGGAAGUCAUAAGCUGUUUCGGGAGAGAACCAGAACUAAUAAAUUUGUGGUAGAAAUGGAUAUGGAUAAUACUUUGGAUUCACCCCCGGAAGAAACGGAUGAAGACUUACAACCUUCUCUGAUGUUUAAUGUUGAAACUAGCACUGUAAUGGUGAAUCUUCCUCCCCCGGAGGGUUCGAACGCGGGUCCAACACUCUGGGGACUCAAAGAUGACGGUGACAGCGCGACUCAACUUUUUAGGGUCACGACUGGGUUAAAACAAAUGGCCAUGUUUGACACAAGUACGACUUCUGUGAAUGCUCUACCGGAAAUAACAAAGCAUAGACCAGACGGUGUUUCGGCUGGCAUGUUUGGUCCUUUCCCUCAAAGAAGUAGCACCUCAGAAGAAGACGGCACCAGCGUUUGGGCAAUUUUGACGACCUUGGCAACGAUUGUACAGGUAUCACCCUUGACUGGCGUGAUACAAAAUUCAAUUGAAGUGUCAUCACUUCUUAAAGUCCAGAAAGCUCAAAUCACGUCAAAUCUCAUGGUAGCGAGAUCAUCUGGUUCUGACAGCGAUGUCUUGAUAUUCGGUGUUGAGGUUGCUACUCCUUCAAAUACGGAAGAAGCACGCGAGUUUCUUCUGCUUUGUAAAGAGCACGGACUUCCGGUUGACCUAUCCGUGUCGACCUUUGUUAUGGGAGUUUCCGGUGUGAAUGGUCAAUUGAUAUGGAUGGUUCCUUUGCCGGACGGCAUGAGAGCCGGAGGACAGAUUGCCGGUAUACCAUUGACUGGACCAGAAAAUGAUAACCCUAAUGACAUACUAGUCGUGUUUGCUGGGGAUGACAAAUCUUCAACAAUUUUAGCAAUUAGUAGUCAUUAACAAGACAAUCUGACCUUUGUGAUUUCAGGAAUGUGACUUAAGCGUGCUGGCAUUGUAAGCAUUUAUAGUUAUACCCUAGUUGUUUUUUUCUGAAUUUAACUUUUGCUUGACUUCUUGGAAUUUUUGUUUUAGCAAUGUGAAUAGUUUUAAUCAGAUUUCCAUCCAAAAGUCGUGUUUUUAUAGUGUAGUAAUGUAAUUAGCGAUACCACCAUACGCGAUACAGCGAAGAGGAAAUCGAUCGGACAGUACACCGCAGAUCGGAGUGGACGUGUCUGGUGGCAUAGUGGAUAGUGCCGGCCAUCGGGGCUCCAUUCCCAAGCUGGCAAUUUAUUUUGUUGUUGUUUGGUUACGUGCCAGACCCCAAACCUGUUGUCUUCUCUCUCGUCUCGACCCUCUGUACGCUUCCAUCCGGUCCAACACCAGCUUUAAACUCUUUUAAUUAAUAUAGCCGAUGAGAGAGUGUUACAAAACCAACUACAUUUAUGUUGAAACACAAUACUCCUCCGGAAUUCUGGUUUGUCGCGUACUUAGUUUGUUUUUAAAAGCUUUUGGUUUUGUUUGUUUUUGUGAGGCGGGAUUGUAGUUGUUCAAUUCACAUUAAAGUCAUUAUAUAUUUUUCUGCA